AUGGGUGUGAUUGGGCAUGAACGGUCAGUUUCGGUGUUGGAUAUUGGAACCGUCGGAACCCAUAUGGAGCAAGGCACUGUAACAGCAACAACACCCAUUGAGCCAACCGCACCACUUCCUCUUAUUGGUCGGAAGAAAAGAAGAGCAAAUGCAAAUGCUAUUAGAAAGAGGUCUGAGGUAUGGAACCACUUUAACCUUAUUCCUAAUAGUGAUCCCGCUACUGCGCCAUGUAAGUAUUGUCAUCAAAAGUACAUGUGUGACUCUAAGAAACAUGGAACGUCAAACUUAAAGAGUCAUAUGAAAGCAUGCCCUAAGUAUCCGUUGAACCUCUCAACCGACCCUACCCAAAUUGUGUUGACAUAUUCAACAACUCAGGGAGGUGUUUUGGUUCCAACAUCUUCUAAGUUUGAUCCUUUAGGUUGUAGAAAGGGGUUGGCUUACUUUAUCAUUUUAGAUGAGAAGCCAUUUAUUACAGUUGAAGGAGAGGGAUUCAAGUACUUUUGUAACCAAAUGCAACCCCAAUUUACUAUACCAUCAAGGAGAACCAUAGCUAGGGAUUGUUUUCAGAUAUAUCUUGAUGAGAAAGUGAGGUUGAGAGCGUUAUUCAAUUCUAAUUGUAGUAGGGUGGCAAUUACAACAGAUUGUUGGACAUUCGUUCAAAAUCUUAACUACUUAACCCUCACUGCCCAUUUUAUAGAUAGGGAUUGGAAAUACCAAAAAAGGAUAAUUAGCUUUACAGUUAUCCCAAAUCACCGGGGUAAAACAGUUGGUAAGAAGGUUGAGGAUGUGUUGAAGGAGUGGGGGCUGAGAAACGUUUCAACUAUCACGGUAGAUAACGCAGCAUCAAAUGAUGUUGCUGUUAAGUAUUUGGAGCAGAAAAUCAGAAACAUGAAUGGGCUUUUUUUGGAUGGAUUUGGAUUUCACAUGAGGUGUUGUGCUCAUAUAUUGAAUUUGGUCGUGAGAGAUGGAUUAAAAGUAGCUAGUACCUCAAUUUCAAAUGUUAGAAAUGCAAUUAGGUUUGUAAGAUCUUCACCCCAUAGAGCUUUAAAGUUCAAUGAAUGUGUGGGUUAUGCCGGGAUUACAUGUAAGAAGUCGAAUUACUAUGAAGCGACAAAUGUUUUUUCUGUUUCCACCAAAGCGAGCUUGCAUACAGCUUUUCCUUACUUGGCUGGAAUUUACGUUGAGCUUAAGCAAUUAAACAUGGACCUUAAUGGGAUGUUUCCUAAUGUAGAUAGGGACAUGUUGGAUAAGUUUAAGAAAUACUGGAUUGAUAUCACUAAGAUGAACCAACUCCUCUAUUUCGGUAUUAUUUUUGAUCCCCGGUAUAAGUUAAGAUUUGUGGACUGGUGUUUUAAUGAUAUGUAUGGACAAUCUUCAGAAACUAAGAAAUCCUUAUUAGAAGAGAUCAAUAAUAAUCUCUCAGAAAUUUUCAUGGUUUACAAACAAGCCUAUGACAAUGCUGAAGGAUCUAUCCCGUCUAUGGCAGCCACUAUUUCUCAUGGUGAAACCGCUGCCAGCAUUGAAGUAACGACACAUGUAGCUAGACAAAAUGCAUUUCAGCAACAUUUGCAGUCUAUGGAUUCGGUUGAAUAG